CCGCCCCGCCCCCGGCCCCCGCCCGCCCCGCGGAGGGAACGCGGUGUCAAACCGGCCGCUGCGCGAGGCCGGCGCGGGGUUGGCAGCGCGGGUGAGGCGCGGCGAGGGCGAGGCUCAGCUAAGCGCAGGCCUAGGCCGGCAGCCCGGGGGCCGCAACUUGGAAGGCGCCGACCCGCGGCCGUACAGGCCCCAAGCGGCCGCAGCGGGCCAUCGGGGAUCGCGGGGUGAGCCGGGGUGCGCGGGGAGACCCGGCACCGCCCCUCCCCCUCGCCGCGGGCGGCCGCGCAACUUGCGGCCAAACUUUCCCCACCCCCCCCCCCCCCGGCCGGGCGCGCGCCGAUGGAGCCCAGCUGAGUCCGCAGCGGCCCCGCAGGCCCCAGGGCGACCCGCGCACGCCAGCACGGUCAUGGCCCGCGCGCCCCCACCGGGAUCCCUGGUCGGCGGGGCGCGACCUCGGGGAGUCCGCGGCCUGCGCCCCUAGCGCACCACCCCCCCCGCGCCGGCCCAGCGCGCGCGUGGGAAAGUUGGCCUGGAACCGGCCCGACCAGUUCCGCCCAGCGCGCGGACCGGCCGCAGGAAGUUGCUGCAAAACUUUUCUCGGGGGCGCAACCGUGCCGCCCCCUGCUUCGCCGCGCGCCCGGCCCCCCGCAGCCUCGGGCUGCCGCCUGCAGGGAGGCGCGAGCAGGGGGCGCCACGGCCCCGCCGCCUGCCCCGGGGGCUAUGGCCAUGGUGACCGGAGGCUGGGCCGGGCCCGGCGGCGACGCGAACGGCGUGGACAAAGCGGGCGGCUACCCGCGCGCGGCCGAGGAGGACUCGGCCUCGCCCCCUGGGGCAGCCAGCGACGCGGAGCUCGGCGACGAGGAGCGGCCGGGGCUGCAGGUGGACUGUGUGGUGUGCGGGGACAAGUCGAGUGGCAAGCACUACGGCGUCUUCACCUGCGAGGGCUGCAAGAGCUUCUUCAAGCGCAGCAUCCGCCGCAACCUCAGCUACACCUGCCGGUCCAACCGUGACUGUCAGAUAGACCAGCAUCACCGGAACCAGUGCCAAUACUGCCGCCUCAAGAAGUGCUUCCGGGUGGGCAUGCGGAAGGAGGGGCUGCAGGAAUCCAAUUAUGCCCUGCCUGCUGCUGCAGAGGCCGCGGUGCAGCGCGGCCGCAUCCCGCAUGCGCUGCCAGGCGCCGCCCCGCCCACUGCUGGCAGCCCUCCGGGCUCAGCGCUGACCGCAGGCGGGGACGCUUUCCCGGGGCCGCCGGUGUCCGAGCUGAUCGCGCAGCUGCUGCGUGCUGAGCCCUACCCCGCGGCGGCCGGGCGCUUCGGCGGCGGUGCGGUGCUGGGCAUCGACAACGUGUGUGAGCUGGCGGCGCGCCUGCUCUUCAGCACCGUGGAGUGGGCACGCCACGCGCCCUUCUUCCCCGAGCUGCCGGUCGCCGACCAGGUAGCGCUGCUGCGCCUCAGCUGGAGCGAGCUCUUCGUGCUCAAUGCCGCGCAGGCCGCGCUGCCGCUGCACACCGCAUCGCUGCUGGCUGCCGCCGGGUUGCACGCCGCGCCCAUGGCCGCCGAGCGGGCCGUGGCCUUCAUGGACCAGGUGCGCGCCUUCCAGGAGCAGGUGGACAAGCUGGGCCGUCUGCAGGUGGACUCGGCAGAGUAUGGCUGCCUCAAGGCCAUCGCCCUCUUCACGCCAGCAGCCCGAGCCCCACUACAUUGUGUACCCUACUGGCGUCUAAGAACCCGUCCUGCCUCGAGAGGCCCCGCUCUGAUGCAGCCCUGUCUGCAGAUGCCUGCGGCCUGUCAGACCCAGCACAUGUGGAGAGUCUGCAGGAGAAGGCGCAGGUGGCGCUCACCGAGUACGUGCGCGCCCAAUACCCGACGCAGCCCCAGCGCUUCGGCCGCCUGCUGCUGCGCUUGCCUGCCCUGCGCGCCGUUCCCGCGUCACUCAUCUCGCAGCUGUUCUUCAUGCGCCUGGUGGGGAAGACGCCCAUUGAGACGCUCAUCCGCGACAUGCUGCUGUCGGGGAGCACCUUCAGUUGGCCCUACGGCGCUGGCCAGUGAUGCGUGCCCACCGUUUUUAAAGAACGCGAGACGUUUGUCCUUUCCGUUUUUUAAAUGAUCAAAAACCAAAAAGACGGAGCUCCCGAACCACCUCGUGCCCAUGGCAUCCCCAGCCAGGGUGUGGUGACAGCCCUGUCCCUGGUCCCUCAGCAUGAACCGUGGGUGGCAAGCAGGCGGGCAUCGCGGAAUGCCCGGGGUCUGGAGUGGACACCGGCGUGGGACCCUUCGACGUGGACAAAUCAGGCUGAUAAUAAAGACGAUUUUUACCGCUCA